AUGACCGUGGUUGAGGAAGUAGCGAUGAACAUGGUGGAGGAACAAGAGAUCACCGUACCUGGUCCGGAUUCUGUUCCUCGCGAUUCUUUCUUGAGGGAUGCUGCUGCUGAUCGUUUUCGAUCGGAAUCGUUGCUAACUACGAGGAACUCUUGGACCGGUCCCAAUGAUUCCAGGUAUGUCAGGGACAAUACCAUGGAAAUGACAAUGAUGGAAGAUGGCAAUAACAAAGCACCAGGUCAGGAUGACAGUGAUGAGGACAGUUCCAUGGAUGACCCCUUGAAUGACCCACAGGAUGCUAAUGCCGGGGACAUCAGCGAGUCUCCCAGCAACUUUGAAUUCUCCAUUAACAGUGCUGAUUUGGAACGAGAUAUUCGAAACGGUGCUGCGCAGACCAUUGCUUUUGAGUAUUUAUACAGCAAUGCUUAUGACAUUGUCUACAGCAUCUGUACUUGGCCCAGGCUCCUCCUGAGCUAUUGCCUGAAUUUCUUUCGAUUUGCCAGAAAGAAGGAUGAUGAUUCUGAUGGACCAGUGCCACCCAAGGAAGAUAGUCGUGUUCAAACCAUGUCAAUUGCGGCUUCCCAAUCAGCAGCCAUUGGCGUAGGAGCAGGAGUCAUGGCUGGGCAGUCGGCUGCUGCUGGAGUUGGGGCUUCGACAAUGUCGGCUGUUGUCUCUUCUCUUUCACCACCUAGCAUAAUUGGGCUUGCUGUGGCUGUGGCUAUUGCAGUCGCUACUACUACAGCUGGAGUUGCCACAGGAAUCAGCAACGACAGUGAAAACAAUGCUGCUCGUCCUGGAGGCUGCAAUGAAAUUAUUGGAUCCAUGGAUGUCAAGCAAGGGGUCAUGCAAAUAGUCUUUUCUUCACCUUCAUUGGAAGCUAACAGUGAUCACAACACUACCAUUGAUGCUCCUUCCACAAGUGCGUUGGUGCUAGAGAACAAGGAAGAAUUGGAAAAUAUCUUUGCACAGGUUUACAACAAUAUCACUGCCAAGUCCACCAAUGGAGCCAACAAUGUGGUUGACGGGUGUGCUAUGCCCUACGUUCCAGAGGAUGGUGUCCAAAUGAUGCAGGUUGAAUCAUCUGAAGUGAACAAUUUUACCAAUACGCUUUGGGUUGCCACUGUUCAUUGCUUUGGAUGCUCAGACACAGACCCACUAUUUGGAACCAACACAAAAGUGAGUCCACAGCUUGAAUCUGUUAGGGCGGUUGAUGAUUUCAUUGACCAGUUCACGCAGGCGAUACAACCCAUUCUUAAGACUGAUGAUUCAAAACAAGAAAACCUGCUGCCAGCAGAUCAAGAACAGCAAGAAUCACCAGUGGAUAUCAUGUUUGUGGUGCUAGUUGACCCUAUCACAGGAGAGACAUUACCAGAUCAGACUCAUUGGUUAGGACCUGGUGAUCUGAUUGGGCUAUUGCCAAAUAUUGAUUCCAUUUGGAAUAGCAACAUGAAUGACCAGGAAAAAGAUAUGCUAGAAGUUCCACAGGUGCCAACUCCUUUAGCAACAACAGCGGCCGCCCCCACAGCCUCAAUGGAAAAAGUGUCGAACCCCACAGUCGGCACUCAAACAAACACCCCUGUACAGCAAGACAUAGCACCCAACUCUCCAGGAGUUGAAUCAGCACCAACAUAUCCUGCAAGUGCUGCACCCACAAAUUCCAAAGUCUCAGAUCUAAGUCCCACUCAGGCGCCAGCAAGUGCUCCUAUGCAGCAAGCCAAAACAUCCAUUUCUCCUGUCCUAGCACCAUCAGCUGUACCAAGUGCCAGUGACACAAAUAGUGACGCAAACAGCAUGCCUUCUCUUGUGGAUGUUUCACCCAUUCAGACAACAAUGGGGCCACCAUCAAUGCACCACCAUCAGCUGGCGGUGGAAACAAUUCCAACCCCCAUUCGAUUGAUGGUCCACCAAUGA